AAUUAACAUGAGGCAUAAAAGGCCACUUGACUUUCCUUAUCAAUGGUACACAUACGCGUCAAUAGGGUUUCCGUUUUGCGAGCGAGGGAGCAGCAGCUGCAGCCAUGGUUCUCAAAACUGAACUCUGCCGCUUCAGUGGUGCCAAGAUAUAUCCUGGAAAGGGAAUUCGAUUUGUGCGUUCGGAUUCUCAGGUUUUUCUUUUUUCAAAUUCAAAAUGCAAGAGGUAUUUUCACAACCGACUUAAGCCUGCAAAACUCACCUGGACAGCAAUGUACCGGAAGCAGCAUAAGAAGGAUAUUCAUGCUGAAGCUGUGAAGAAAAAGCGUCGGGCUACCAAAAAGCCGUAUUCUAGGUCAAUAGUUGGUGCUACUUUAGAGGUGAUUCAGAAGAAGAGAACUGAGAAGCCUGAAGUCCGAAAUGCUGCUAGGGAAGCUGCUCUUCGUGAAAUCAAGGAGAGAAUCAAGAAAACAAAAGAAGAGAAGAAGGCUAAGAAGGUUGAAUUGGCAGCGAAGACGCAAAAAACUCAGACAAGAAGCGCGCCGAAGGGUGCAGCACCGAAAGGUCCUAAGCUUGGUGGUGGUGGAGGAAAACGUUGAUGCGUGGUGCAUUCUUAUUUCAGUACCUGUUUUCAAGAGAUUUUAGCACGUUAAUCGACCUUCAACUAUGGAAUUUUCAAAACUUUUCAGAAAGUGUUAAAAGUGUUAUAUUGAAGAUCAAGAGCUUCUACUUUCUAUCUUUAAGAUGCAAUGUAGAGAUAUUGGUUGCUUCUAUUUCAACAAGUUCAACUAAGAAAGGUUCAUAAUA